AUGAUACGACGUCGCAUGUUUGAUCCCCAACAAAGGAUUGAUGAAAUUUCGUCUCGUCCUUUCUCUCCUCUCAUGAUACCACAGAUCUCUUUCCCUCUCUCCCUCUGGACAAUGGAUUUCCAAAUACGCAGCGUUUUACAUCUGCUCAUCAUCUCCUCUCUUCUCUUCUCACUAGCUAAGGCUGAGUCUGGUGGUUCAGUUUAUUUCAUCGAUAGCCAGACUCGUCAAUAUCUGCGCACUCCAUCACCAAACGAUGUCGUCCAGUCUAACUCCAUGUCAAUCCGAGAAGUUGGUGCUGCUGUGUCGGUAUUGCUUGGUUUUGCACCAUUUGAUGCGCUUUCAGCUGCUAGUUCAUCGAAGUUGAACGAGGUUCUCUUGCCCAAUCCAUUUAACAGGCCUCGUGCUGUUUUACUGCUUGAAGUCACUGGAGGCAAGUUUCUGUUCUUGGUGUUGAAUUCAAAUGCUAUGCUCAAUUCUGCCUUCAAGAGCAAGAUUGUUCCUGGUUCAGAUAAGGCUGGCAUUCGACUUCCAGGUGAAGAGGUUUCAGUGGUUUAUCUGGAUGAAGAAUUAGUAGAUUUCACUGACAAGGGAAUUAGUGAUUUUGCAUCUUGGUUGGGCGGAUCGUAUGUUGUUGAUCCCUUGAAAGCAUUGAAUGGAGAGUUAGUAAUCCCAUUGGCUAGUGGUGCCACUACAAGUCUUCAUAUGUCCGAGAAAGCAAACGGGGAGUUUAUUGCAAGUCUUCUAGCUCUGUUCCGCAAUAGUAGAAAAGCAAUAGAGAUGCAUGAAGAUUUGUCACAGAGUACUCAACCACCGGCAGAGUUACUGAAGGGCUGCUUUGAUGGUCUUAAGGCUUUGGAAGAGCAAUAUGGACCCGAGGGUGCUGUGCAUAAAGGGCUGGAGCUAUUACUAACUACGUUGUCCAAGAUAUUUGAUUCAUUGCAAGCAGCUUACAAAGGUCAAAUUGUUGGAGUGAUCUUUUUCGACACAGCACCUGCACCAGAAUCAGAAACAAAGCUGAAUGUCAUGUUGUCUUCCCGCCCAUAUGCACGUUGGUUGGAAGAAACAAAAGCACCUACAAAUGGAACCAUUGCAGAAGUGGUCUUGGUUAGAAUGACCCUUGCUUGGAUAACUGGAAUUGUUCUUAUCAUUGCUACUAUCUUGGGGAUCUACUUUCUCCUCAACAUGCCACUCACAAAGGACACCCUUCUUUACUCCAAUGUCAAGCUUGACUAA